AUGGACUACAACGACUUCCAACACUUGAUCCAAUUGGCUCCCCACGUCCUCGUCGGCCUCUCCUUUUUGGCCUCGGUGUUCCCCUACAUCGACAAGCACUACCGGUCGGUGGCCCAGCAAACGGCCCACUCGCUGUUGGCCCUGUUCUACCUCGUGUGCCCGCGAUGCUUCUUGGCGACUACGGUGACGGGCAACUUCAAUCCGCUGCACAUCUACCUGCAGAACUUUGUCGCUGCCACCCACAUUGGUAUUGCUUACUACACGCGUGCUACCGUCCGAACUGGAGCUCGUGAGGAGCAAGGAAUCACCUUUGCCCGUGCCAUCGCCGCCUUCUUCUCCCUGUUCACGAAGCUGUUCGUCGCCUGGCACGUCACCGAGAAGGGAUCCCGCGGAUUGGGAAUUUCGGAUUGGUUCGUGAUCUGCGCCGCGCUAUCUGACGGAGUCUGGCUUCUGACGGAGAUCAUCAGAUUUAUUCUGAACCAGCGCUCGUUCAAGGAUGAGGUCGAUGAGAUGUGCAAGAGGACGACGUUAUGGCUUGAGGGUCGCGGCUCGUUCUACGCUGAAAACGCCUUCUACGCCGACUCGGCCGUCUCGUUCCUGAUGGCGUUGAUGCACUUCGCGUUCCCCAACCAUAUCUUGAAGCUGAUCAUCAAGCCCGACAGCACGUUCGACUCCCAUCACAUCAUGUGGUGUCGGCUUUUCGGUGUUUUGUCGUUGGUUCCGGCCAUAAUUUCGCUACACGCUCGUCACUUUGCUCCCCAGGCUCAGAUUCCGUACCUUGCUAGCCGAGUUGCUACGCAAUUGACCAUCUUCUGCCUGAACAUCUGGGGCCACUGGGUGCUCGGACUGUACGGCCCCAACCACAUCUCUGGCUUCAUGAUCUCCGGAUUCUACACGUCGUUCUUGAUCUCUUCGUAUUUCCGUCUGAAGCGUCUUUACAACGAUGCUGAUGCCCCGAACCGCACCACCGUCACCGCGCGUAUCGUCAAGACCGACGAGGUCAAAACCGAC